AUUUCUGUUUGCUCCGACAUUAAUUGAAGAAGUAAUCGAAUACUGGUAGAUGAGCGCAGCAAUCAUGGAUGUGAAUUGUCGAAUUUGGAACUUGGCGUUCACUUGUAGUUUACUGCUGUUUGGCCAUAUAGUGCUUGGAUUAGAGAGCAUUAGCGAUGUUACUAAAGCGGAAGACAUAACUGUCAUAAAAUAUCCGAAUACUUCGUCAAGUGACCUUAUCAGAGAACUGUCUCCCGCUGAGCUGUCAUAUCGUCUCAACAAUGUAGCACAAAAUAUAGAAGCUUAUCUCAACCUUGCUAUACGAAAGGGAGAUAGAAAGGUCUUGAAAAAAACAGAGAAACAAAUUCGCAAAGUUCUGAAUAAAAUUAAACGUUUGCCAGGUCAAAUAAAGAGUGUCAAAAAGCAAGUAUUGAUUUUGAUGAGCCUCCUCGAAAAAAUCGCUAUGGCAAAACAGACUCCGACUGUAUUUAUGAACGAAACGAAGAAAUUUAUCAAAGCAGUUGCUAGAGGCCCUAAUGAAUAUGCGUAUAAAACGACCACAAUUCAAAAGCAGAUUGAAGUCGUCGAGAAUAUUCAGAGAGCAGUUAAAACGUACCUUUCCCUCUACAAGAACGAAAGUAGAACUGAGAGCAUCGGGGAAGUCGUCGAAAAGCCCGAUAACGUCGUUCAAGUCUCGAUGAAAACAAUUAAAUUGCUGAAGACUUUGGCCAAAAACUAUAUGGUUUUGAAGAGGAUUCUUGAGAAAAUUCGAUUCCCAGCAGAUAUUUGCGGUAUGGGAGGCGGGAAAUGUUCUAGUGAUGGAGCUGAUGGGGGUUGCUGUUCAAAUAAAAUGCUUUCCUGUGAUUUUACAAACAAGUGUUGCAUUGAGAGAGAGGGAACAUGCUUGGCAGAUGCAGACUAUUGUUGCAGAGGGUUGAAAUGUAUCUAUGGAAAAUGUCAACAUUACCACCCUACUCCAUGUCCUAAACCCCGUGAUGUUGUCAUUGCCAUAGAUACAUCUUGUUCCAUGUCACAAAGUGACAAAGAAGCUAUACGUACUUUCCUACUUGAACUAGUAAGGGAUUUAACUCUAGAAGAUGGCGUGCAUAUAGCAAUAUUAACAUUCAACAAGGGAAUCCAACACGUCGCGUACCUGUUUAAUUCGUAUGACCCCGAUAACUUGGUACAGCUAAUUCAUAAUAUGGACUUAAAAGAGGAAGAAUGCGCUACUCAUACGUUUGCUGCUCUUGCUGCUAUCGAAAAUGAGUACUUUUCUCCAAUAAGGGGUGAUAGACCGGAUGUUGCCAAUGUUGCCAUUGUUAUCACAGACGGUGUUACAAACCCUAUAAAAAAACAAGCACUCACAUUUCAAAAUGCUGAUUCUCUGCGUGCCACUGGGGUAGAACUUAUUGUGAUUGGCUUACCACAAGUAUGUGCUGGAAAAGACGCACCAAGAUGUGUGCCCAGGGUAAUUGGGCAGGAAGAAUGGAUGGGGAUAAGUGGUGCCGACGAAGACCCAAUGUUAUUAUUGAACAUUCUCAACACUCACUUUUCAAAAUUGCGUGAAUCACUUGUGAAUGUUUAUAACAGAAUCUGUCAUUAAUUCCUAUAGAUUGGCAGAGCUUGCUGGAAACAGAAUCGGCUCAUCGUCUUGAAUAAACGGCCGAAAUGUUCAAACUGUUUUGUCAAUGUGUCAAGCUCUAUCUUAACUGGUCAUCAUCAUAAAGUUAUAAUUUUAAAUAAAA